AUUGUUAUCAGAAGACGUGUAAUCAUUACCCUGUUUUCUUUAUCUACCUCCAUUUUUGUUUCUUCGCUGUCAUUUCGCGUUAAUUAGUUGUAAAGUGUAUGUUUCGCUUGAGUGCUGUGUUUAUUUAUUGGAAAAUGCUUGAUUCUUUUUGAUGCAAUCUUUAAUAUGGAUGUCGAGACCCAGGUAAUAGUGAUAGCGAGCGUGUUCGGCGGCGGGUUCCUGGUGCUGCUCAUCAUGGCCAUAGUGCUCUGCACUCAGGUCACCAGCCUCCGCAAGAAGGUCGCUGAUAUGCAAGCCACUGGACGCAUGAGGAUACAGAAGCUGAAGAUGGACAAAGACAAGAACCACGCGUUCCACAACCCCGCGCUGUCGCCUGACGAGGAGUUGUCGCGCCGCGGCUACUCCAUGUACACCAGCCAGGACGACGUGGAGAGCGGCCGACAUGAGCGGCAGACGGGUGGGCAGUUCGUAGACAGACAGACGCCCAGCAGCAUGUACGAUGACAGACACAGUUCAGCACAAACCAACUUUGUGGACGAACUGACGCGAGAGCUGGACAGCCGGCAGCAGCGGCCCAACCAUCCACCGUCAUUCCUGAUGCACAGCAUCGAGGAAACUAAGAAGAAGACCAGAAGCCUUGCCAACCCGGCAGCCAACGGCAGGCAGAGUGAAACGAACCCUAACUUUAUGUACUAACUUCUGUUGUAACACUACAUUGUGAUGAUGCUCAGGAUGAAGAAAAAUCUGUGAAGAGUCGUUGUAGGGCAGCCAAAGUUUUUUUGGUGACCCAAACUCUUAACAGAAAUGAACAACGAACUCCAGUCUUUGACUGUAAUCGGUGGUAAAGAAUGGUGAUCCCAAUGUAGCUUGCCAAAACUGCAUUGCACUGACAAUGUUGUAACCACUGACACUACUUCAGACUCUGAGUAUCAUCACCCACACUGAACUUGUACAAAAUCUUUCUAGUUUAAGCACCUUUACUCAAAAUGCAGGUGUAAAGGUUGAUAAGGACAAUUUAGAGAGUGCUUCUAUGUGAGUUGCUCACAGUCUUUUAAGGUUCAGUAUUGAAUAAAAAAACCGCCAAAGAAAUAAAUAGCUGAACCAAAUUCAGCAUCAUAAACAAGAGCUUGUAAUCAAGCAUGCAUUGUAAUAUUUGUAUUUAUGUAAUUUUUAUAUUUUUAUAUUUCUUCCAUUGAUUUUGCAUGAUUAAUUAUUAAAUCUAUUCUUUUUUA